ACUCGAUUAAUACGACGGCGUAUAAAGGAAGCUUCUCACUGUCAGUAUCAUCAUCUUCUUCCUCUCGGAACGGAAACAAAAAAAAAAAAUUGCUUUCACACUCUCUCUUUCUCUCAAGGGUUUCAUUUUCCCGUGCAUUAUAGACGAAAAACAUGGCUCCUAAAACGGAUAACACCGAAGCGAUCGUACUCAACUUCGUAAACGAGCAAAACCGACCUCUAAACACUCAAAACGCAGCGGAUGCUCUACAAAAGUUCAACCUCAAGAAGACUGCUGUUCAGAAAGCGCUUGAUAGCCUCGCUGAUGCUGGCAAAAUCACGUUCAAGGAGUAUGGUAAGCAGAAGCUGUACAUUGCUAGGCAAGACCAGUUCGAGAUUCCAAACAGUGAGGAGCUUGCUCUCAUGAAAGAAGAGAACGCGAAGCUUCAAGAACAGGUUCAAGAGAAGAGGAAGAGUAUUAGUGAAGUGGAGUCAGAGAUAAAGAGCUUGCAGUCAAACUUGACACUAGAGGAGAUACAAGAGAAAGAUGCUAAGCUUAGGAAAGAGGUUAAGGAAAUGGAAGAGAAGCUGAUCAAGCUACGUGAAGGUGUUACAUUGGUGAGGCCGGAAGACAAGAAGGCUGUUGAAGAUAUGUACUCUGACAAGAUUAAUCAGUGGCGAAAGCGUAAGAGGAUGUUCAGAGACGUUUGGGAUACUGUCACUGAGAAUUUCCCCAGAGAUAUCAAGGAGUUUAAGGAGGAGCUUGGUGUUGAAUAUGAUGAAGAUGUCGGCCUAAGUCUGCAGGCAUAUUCUGACCUGAUUCCGCAUGGUAAAAAGAGGGGCAGAGGGCAGUGACUUACAGGUUCCCUUACCUCAGUGGACGUAGAAGAAGCUUCUUCUAGUUUCAGAACGAUGUUAUUUUCUGCAGCAAUCUCCUUCAAAACCUUCAUCCUAACAUCUCUUUGUGGAUGUCUUGUCGACAACUUCUGAAUUAUCUAUAGUAGUAACACCAAAAACAAACACCUCAGUAAGUAUUUUGUUCUGUAUUUAGAGAUAUCUAUACAAUAUAAGGUGUUUGAAUAUAUUAUUUGGUUGAAUGAAUCAAAGUUGGUUACUUUUGGAUUAACCCCACAAUUACUCCGCAACUCAAUGGACCUAGCAGCGAUAUCUUUGCCAAAACACGAAACCAAAACGUUACGAAUCUCUUGAAGCUCAGGAAACUCUCCAAUUCUAGAAGCUGCAAAGAGCAAACUCGUAACAGCUUCUAGAAGCUCAUCAGGGCAAUCUCUGUUGUGUUCGAAGAGUUGAACACGGUCGAGCAAGAGAGUGAAGUAGCCAUGGAGGAAGAAGAGAACGUCGAGUGUGUUUUGUUCUUUAAUGACUUGGUCGACUCUGUGGUAAGCGUUCUCGUGUUGCCCAAGCUUAAGAAGCUCGGUGACAUCAGAGGUGGCUUGAGAGCAUCGAACUUGACGUUGGUUCUUGAGAAUAGAGAGCCUAGUGAGAGCUAAGUUGAGUAGAGACUUGAACUUUUUGGUUUUGAAAGUCCGACCAAGCAAAGCGUCUAGCUUCUUCCCCAUUUGCACUCAACAAGCUGAAGAGGAGAUGAUUAGAGAAUAUAGUGGUUUAAGUGAUUUUAUUAGAAUGAGCGUGUAUAUAUGGAAGAAAAGAUAGACGCGUUACGAGUUACAACGAUUCACGACUUAGCAACGGAGUUGGAAAAAAACGACCCAACUGAAGAAAAAGUUUGGGGUCCGUGAUUAUAAAAACGAAAAGGACCACUUCUGAAAAUCGUGCGCAGAGGGUUAAUUAUCUUUUGAUUACGCGAGGAUUAGUUAUCUUUUGAUUAACGCGGUGAUUAAUUAUCUUUUACAUUAAACAUAUCAAAAUGAGUAACAUAUGAGAAGUUACUCUUUGUUUUUCUAUUCUUUUUGUCUAGCUGAUGUGAAUAUUACUUUUUAUACAUGUAUAUACCUUCAUAAUUAAAAAUCUC